AUGGACCUUAUCAAGUAUCUACUUGAGAAGCUAAUACUCACGGGAAGGGUCACCAGAUGGCAAGUAUUGUUAUUAGAAUACAAUAUCCUCUAUGUCUCGCAAAAAGCAAUCAAAGGAAGCGUGUUGGCCGACUACCUAGCAAAUGGAUCAACCGAUGGAGGACGUGCAAUAGAGGAUGACUUCCCAGAUGAAGAAAUUUUAACCCUGGGAAACGAUGAAGAAGGACAAGUUGAGAAGGAAUCCUGGUCCAUGUUCUUCAACGGAGCCUCAAAUCUAAUGGUACAUGGGAUAGGCGCCAUACUGAUGUCAUCCCAAGGAAAACAUAUCCCAAUGACAACAAGAUUAGAUUUUGACUAUACCAAUAACAUGGCUGAAUAUGAAGCCUGCAUAUUGGGUUUACAGGCUGCCCUCGACCAUAGCAUCGCAAGAUUGGAGGUCUACGGUGAUUUGGCUUUGGUGAUACAUCAAUUAAGGGGCGAAUGGGAAACAAAGGAUCACAAAUUAAUCCCUUACCGGGAAUAUGUAUGA